AUGUGCUCAAGACAAAUUUCUCCAUCUGUUUUACUACGAGGUCAAAAUUUAAAGUCAUGGCAUGAUCCUGUCCAAAUGCAUUCAUGGACAGAUUUGCCUAAAUGUAUGAGAUUCAUUGGAAGAUAUGGAUGUACUAUAAAACGUUCGCUUAUUUGGAUGCGACACACUCUAGAUUGUAUAUCACCCACUGCAACACCAGAACAAUUAGAUUAUAUUUUGAAUGGCUAUGCUAACUUAUACAAACUUGAACUUAAUAUUAUAAGAUUUACUGAUGACGUUCCAAUUGAUGAUAAUGAUGUUUAUGUGUAUGGCGUAACUUCACACAAAAUCGAACAACAGAAACGUCAUCGUAAUAUUGCAUUUAUCAUGUAUGAUUUUAAAAAGUCCUUAUUUGCACCAUGGUAUGCGACUCAUGCUGAUUGUCAACCACAAACAUGCUUUACUACCAAUGAUAAAACUAUCAUAAGUUAUAUAAAAGAAUUGAUUGUCCAACGAAACCUGGAGAUAUCUCAGGAUCCGGCUUCACAGACAGAUCGUACCGUCGACAACGAUAAUACUACAAGAUAUGAUGAGGAACGACAACAUACAGAUAAUUUAGAUGCUCGAUUUUCUUCAAGAUCAAGUGAAUACUCUAAUUUGAACAACAUAAAUUCAAAGCAUUGUAAAAAUGUUUUAGCUGUUCAAAAUGAAGCUGUUCUGAUAAAACACAAAAACUCCAGCAGUGACAUUCAACAUACUGCUCAAACUAUUCCUCAAUCGGAUUCACAUUUUUAUUCGAAAGAAAUCAUGACAGAUUCAAUAGAUUCAAUAGAGAAUGAUCUCAAUUUGUCGUCGACCACAGAUUCAAUUGAGAAAGUAUAUGAAAAACUCGAACAUAUGACAAAAUAUCUCUAUCAAAACAAAUGUCUUCAUCAAGAAAUUGAUGAUACUACAUCGAUGGAAACAGAUGACCGACAACAGACGACUGAUGAAACUUUGAAAGAAGGAGAAUGGAUUUCUAAAAAUGUUAUGACAAAUACGGCGCAAAGUAAAACUGGACACGCAAAAAAUCAUAUUUGCUCUUCGAAAAAUAUUGUUUCCCACAUUCCCAUAUGUUUAUUUCAAAGUACAACAAAACCGGCAACAAUAGUCAGACCAGAUGUUCGAACAAGCCAUAGUUCAAUUCAAAAUUAUGAUAAACCAAAUGUAAUAAAGCACCCAAAACGUCAUCGACGUGUUCGUAUGCUAAAGGAUUUAGCAAAAAAGGAUUGUCCAUUAGUACAAGCAGGUGAAAACAAAGAACAAAGAAAGUAUCCUGAGAUAGAAGUACCUAGUGAUGGUGAUGGUGUACAACUUUAUGUUCGUGUUCGAGUUGUUACAGAAAAUCACUUUCGACAUCCUUACCAAACUGUUGCACCUGAAAAUGUGCGUGUUGAUUGGACAUUAAUGAAAGAUAAUAAUGAACGAAGUUGUUUACAAUGUAGUCCAGAUAGUUUUGAUCCAGUAACUGAAUCUGUCUUUUUAAAAAUAACUAAUGACGAGCGAAAAAAACGUCGAAAAACAAUAAAAGUUUAUCUUUUCAAUUGGAAACAAUAUGGACCGUCAAUGACAGAAAUUAUUGAACGUGAAAAUCUUAGAUUAUGCAGACUUGAAUUUCAACUAUGUGUACAAAUCAGUUCUAGUCAAUAUCAGUUUGUAUCACAUCCUUCCCAUACAUCGGUCAUUGAACAAGAGGAUGGAGAUUUAACCAUUGAUUCAACUAAGAUCGUGCCAAAAGAAUUAUGUGCAUUGGGUGGUGAGAGAAUAAUUGUACAAUUAAGUAUUAUAAGUCGUAAAAAAGAUUUUCGUAUUAAAUGUAAUGAAAUUGAACUCAAAAAUAAGGACUUCACAAUAGAACGAAAAAAAUUAUCAUUAACUUCACCAGCUAGAACUGAGGGAAAUAAUGAGCUUCAUCUAGUUAUUAUAAAAACAGAAUUUGUUGAAGACAGUUCAUUACGAAAGAAGCAUUGUUUAUAUGAUGAUUAUUUACCAUACGUUGAUCAUGGUAAACAUGCACAAAUUUGUUCAUAUCCUAAUCUUGCUUCAUCAGAUAACAAAACAUAA